ACAAGAUUCACCCAACUCUCUCUCUCUCUGAAGACAUCUGAUAAUUUGGAACAUCAAGGAAAACCCCCAACAUUUUGCUGUUCGCAAGGGCUGAUUUGAUCCUCUUUCCCAAAUGAGGUAACCUUAAGAGAGCUGUGGACUCAAACUAUUGUCCUCCAUACUAGAUCUUAUCAACUGCCCAUCCUACCUCUACGUUCUAUGAAAUUAAUCUGGCUAUUGAAAGAAAGAUUUAGAACCCAAGCCAGAAACAAUGAACAGGUUGCUACUGCAACCAACAAACCCAGACUUUCAGCCCGAAUGGGCGCUCGAUACUGUCAAGACUGCAUUCUUCAAGUGCACCAGAUGGCAAGCAGAAGAGACCACAGACCCCAUCAACUGCCCUUACCAUUACUUCUGUGAUAGCAUCUACCCAGGAAACUACCCACCCAUUAUAGACCUCUCAGUACUUUCUCUCACCACAACAUGUUUCCUCAUCACCAUAGGUCUUGCAUCUCUAGAAAUCACAGGGUACAUCGUGGGGGGGGUUAGUUAUAAUCCUCCAAGAAAGAGGUUUUGGUUGCCUUCUGGCCCACUGUGUCUCCCUCUCAUCCUCCUUGCCCUUGCAAAGGGCCAAAGAAUCAACACCUUAUUUCCUCUCUCUAGCUUGGCACCUGCGCUUCAACAACUGGUCCAAGUGUCUGCGCUAGCAUUCGAGAGCCCGGAAAUCAAAUCAGUCAAGUCUCUGUUUCUUGAUGUGUCGUCGGUGUCCGGCAUCCUUCACGCCGGAAUAUAUGUAGACUCGGUGGUACUCCCUUACUACACCGGUUUCGAAGCUCUAGUUUUCUCGACUCUUUCCGGAGAGUGUGGGUCAUGUGUUUGCAGGAAGAAGGUUCUUGUGGCCGGAGGGAUUUCGGGUUCUUAUUAUAGAGGAUGGUCGACCACUAUGCUCUGUGUUGUAAUGGUGUUGUUUUGGAGGUUGGCUUGCAAAUUGUUCGAAAAGAGAGAUAAAGUGAGUUUGAGAAUCAAGCUAGCUUUAGAGGGAUUGAGUUGGUUUUCUUCUUUAGCUGACUCUGUUACUCUACUGGUGAUUUCAAUGCGAGGUGGGAACCUUGUGGAGAAGGUGAUCUUUGGAGGGCUUUGUGGAUUGAAUUUUCUGCUUAUAUUGAAGAGAACAUGUAAUUUGUUGGCCGCCAUGAACGAGGUUCUCUUAGUGAAAAAAACGAUGGAUUCAAGCCUUAAACCUCCUGUGAUUUUCUAUUUGAAUGCAUAAAUAAACAAUUCUUCCCUAC